CUGGGGUGCCAAAGUUCACCGUAUAUAUAUCUUCACCUCAGCCAAGCACACUCCACUGUUUCCCAUUUACUCUCCAAAACUCCAGGCCACAUACACAUAACCAUACACAUACACAUAAAAAUACACAUACACAACAUUGAAAAUGGGCUGGAGCACGAAGCUGAAGCUGCCUAACCCGGGCCUGGACGAGCGCAUACUGAGCCAUGCCCAGCUGGAGAAGCUGGAGGUGGAGGAGGCUGGAGAAAGGCCCAAAUGGGACAACAAAGCCCAGUACAUGCUGACCUGUGUGGGCUUCUGUGUAGGACUGGGGAACGUCUGGAGAUUCCCGUACCUGUGCCAGAGCCACGGCGGAGGAGCAUUUAUGAUCCCGUUCCUGAUCCUGCUGGUGCUGGAGGGAAUCCCUCUGCUUCACCUGGAGUUCGCGAUCGGCCAGCGGCUGAGGAAAGGCAGCAUGGACGUGUGGAGGACCAUUAACCCCUACAUGAUGGGAGUAGGCCUCGCGUCCAUGUGUGUGUCCCUGCUGGUCAGUCUCUACUACAACACCAUCAUCGCCUGGGUCCUGUGGUACUUCUUCAACUCCUUCCAGGAGCCUCUGCCCUGGAGUCAGUGCCCCGUCAACGCCAACAGAUCAGGUUUUGAGCAGGAGUGUGAGAGAAGCUCUCCAGUGGAUUAUUUCUGGUACAGGAAGACCCUCAACAUCACCACAGACAUCGACCAAACUGGAGGCCUGCAGUGGUGGAUGGUGCUGUGUCUGAUUUCAGCCUGGGCUGUGCUCUAUGUCUGCUGUAUCCGUGGAAUAGAGACCACCGGAAAGGCCGUGUAUGUGACGUCUACCCUGCCUUACGUGGUUCUCACCAUCUUCCUCAUCAGAGGCCUCACCCUGAAAGGCUCCGUCAGUGGGCUCGUAUUUCUCUUCACGCCAGAUCUGAACGAGCUGGCGAACCCGGCCACCUGGCUGGACGCAGGAGCUCAGGUGUUUUAUUCCUUCUCUCUGGCGUUUGGUGGCCUCAUCUCCUUCUCCAGCUACAACUCCAUCCAUAAUAACUGUGAGCAGGACGCUGUGAUCAUUUCCAUCAUCAACGCCUUCACGUCAGUCUUCGCCGCCACCGUCAUCUACACCAUCAUCGGCUUCAGAGCCACGCAGAGAUUUGACGACUGUCUGGGGGGGAACAUCCUGACCCUGCUGAACACCUUUGACCUGCCGGAGGGAAACAUCACUGAGAGUAACUACGAUUUGGCUCUGGAGAGCCUCAACGCCACUAACCCGGACAUCGUCAACCGCCUGAACCUACAGACAUGCGACCUGAACACCUUCCUCACUGAGGGUGUGGAGGGAACAGGCCUGGCCUUCAUCGUCUUCACUGAGGCCAUCACUAAGAUGCCGCUGGCUCCGCUGUGGUCCGUGCUUUUCUUUGUCAUGCUCUUCUGCCUCGGCUUGUCCUCCAUGUUUGGAAACAUUGAAGGAGUGCUGACUCCCCUGCAGGACCUAAAGAUCUUCCCCAAGAGCUGGACCAAAGAAGCCAUCUCAGGGGUCACCUGUCUGCUGUGCUGCUGUAUUGGGCUGAUAUUUGUUCAGGGAUCAGGGAACUACUGGCUGGCGCUCUUCGACAGCUUCGCUGGCUCCAUCCCUCUCCUCAUCACAGGCUUCUGUGAGAUGGUUGGGGUGGUGUAUGUUUAUGGUAUGGACAGGUUCAACGAAGACCUGGUCUUCAUGAUUGGCCACAAACCCAACAUCUUCUGGCAGGCCACCUGGAGGGUCAUCAGCCCCCUCAUCAUGCUGGUCAUCUUCCUCUUCUACUUCGUCACCACCAUCUCCAAGGAAUUCUUCUAUAUCGCCUGGGACCCUGAAUCGGCAAAAUUUCCGACUCUGGAGCAGAAGCCGUAUCCGACCUGGAUCUACGUAAUAAUCUUCAUCCUGGCUGGAAUCCCGAGUCUCGCUGUUCCCGGUGCUGCUAUUUUCAGAGCUUUGUGGAAACGCUGCUGUAAAAUCUGAAGCUAAUGGUGUUUUUUUGUUGUUUAUUUAGUGUUGUUUCCUUUAUUUCAGCGAUAUGUUGAAUAUUAUUAGUUUGGCUUAUUUGAUCAUCCUCCGUUUCCUUCAGCCAAAGAGUGGAACGCCAUUAGUCUGCUAAUGGUUGACACCAUCUAACAGAGCCCAGCAGUUGGUGAGGAAAGCGAUUCGGUUCACUGUAUUAAAAAUUCAUUAUUAAUAUAAACAGCGCAGCUGCUGCAGAUGAAAAUAAAACAUAACGAUGUAAAUUUGACCCAGAAACAAGCACACAGGCCUUUACUGAGCUCAGUUCAUUUUAAACGCUGUUCUUUCAUCAUUUUUACAAUUAUUUUUAGCACUUAUUUAUUUAAAUAAAAGCCAUCUUCGAUGAAGCCUUGUUUUUUUCAUGUUUGGUGUUUUUCAAAGGGAUUAACUUGCUGUGUUACAUGACAUCAGUGCCACACCUUCAGCAGAACCCUGAGAGGUCUAAUCCAGAACGUGGCCCCCGUCAGAAUGUGACCGAACUGAAAUGUAAUGCAGUGAAAAGUCAUUUGAGAUGCUGUUAAACUUCUCCUGCUGCUGCUGGACUCUGGGUACAUUAAACACAUUAGCUGGACAAGCUAUCAGACGCUGGUCUGUAGAGAUACGGCCUGAGUGAACAGGAUAUUUACACACUCAGAAACCUUCACGCUUUGUGUCAAGGGCACUUAUAUAACAUAUACAUAUAUAUAUAUAUAUAUACGUGUGUGUGUGUGUGUGUGUGUGUAUUGACUCGAGGUGAAUGUAAACAUCAGGUCUCACCCAACUUCCAAUACUGAACUUGUAGGUGUGGAGAAACGAGCACUAUUCUGAUAAAUAUUUGUCUUGACACUUUAAAACAACUCAUGUGUACCUUAUAUAUAUAUAUUAACAGAGGCUCCAAAAGUAUUCGGACAUCUGUGCCAUGUGUUAAGUUCAUUGUGUUGGGACUGAGUGGCGUUUAUGCUCAACAGACCAUUUCGAGGCUGUACAGGCCUCACCGAAGGCGGCUGGUGAGAUUCAGAUCAGAUUUCCUUUGCAGAUUUACAAAUAAAAGGUCUUUGUACA